GCGGCGGCCUGGGCGAAGCGCGGCGAGGGCGGGCGAGCCCGGCCUGCUGCCAUGCUGCCCUUGUGCUCAGAGAGGACCCUGAGCGAGAUGCUGAGCCGCAAGGAGGAGGAGUGGCGGGUGCUGCAGGCCCAUCACUCCCAGAUGCAGGAGGCAGCUCUGCAGGGUGCACACAAGCAGCUGGAAGAGGCCCAGGGGAAGCUGCGUCGCCUGCAGGAGGACUUCCUGUACAACCUGCGGGUGCUGGAGGAGCGGGACCUGGAGUUGGAGCACUAUGACGCUGCGCUUGCCCAGGCCCGGGGCCAGGAGGAGGCCCGGCAGGCAGAGGUGAGCGCGCUGAAGGUGCAGGUGGCCAGGCUGGAGCAGGAGCUGGCCCGAGAGGCCAGGCGCGCGCAGGAGCUGCAGCAGCAGCAGCAGCGCAGGGCGCAGGAGCACCGCCAGGAGCUGGAGCGCGUCCACAGUGACAAGAACGGUGAGAUCAGCCACCAGCGGGAGCAGUAUGAGAAUCUCAAGUGGAGGCUGGAGAGGAAGCUCGAGGAACUGGACGGCGAGCUUGCUCUGCAGAGACAGGAACUGCUGCUAGAAUUCGAGUCUGAAAUGCAGAAGAGGGAGCAUGAGUUCCGACUGCAGGCGGAUGGCAUGAGCAGUGUGGUCUUGUCCCAUGAGCUCAAGGUUAAACUACUGAGCAAAGAGCUGGGGGCUCUGAAGGAAGCAGGGGCCCAGGCAGCAGAGUGUCUGCAGAGAGCCGAGACGGCCAACGCCGAGCUGGAGAAGCAGUUGCAGGGCCGCGCCUGGGAGCUGCGGGACCUGGAAGCCCUGAAGGACGCCCGGAUAAAGGACUUGGAGGAUAAGCUUCACUCUGUGCAGCUGACCAGGAAGAAAGAAGAGGAGAUCUUCAAGAGGAAGCACGAGGAGCUUGACCGUUUGGCCAGGGAGAGGGACGCGAUGCUGGUGGCUGUGAAGGGCACACAUGCGGAGCAGCUGCGGGCACUGGAGGCCAGGGUACUAGAGCUGCAGGCCCACGGUGAAGCCCUGGAGGUGCAGCUGCGCAGGGCGGAGUGGACUCGGGCUGACGCCGCCAGGGAGAAGGACGCCGUCAUUGACAGGCUCCGUGAAGACGCAGCUGCUCUCAAAGCCAGCUGGGACGCCCAGGUCACUCAGAUGUCCAAGGAGGCCAUCGCCAAAGACCUUCAGGUUCAGACACUGCGGGAAGAGGAGGUGAAGCUCAAGGCACAGUUGGCCCGACGCCAGCAGGAUGUGGCCAGGUACAAGCAGGAACUGUCCCUGGCAGUGGAAAGGGAGAGGAGCCUGGGGCGCGACCAGGUGCAGCUGAACCUAGACUGGCAGCGCCGCUGCGACAGCAUCGAGAGGGAGCAGAUCCAGAGGUCUGAGGCCUUGACCCAGGGCCUGCUGGAGGCCAGAGAUCAGGUCACUGCCAAACUCCAGGAGACUGAGCGGGCCCUGCGUGAGCAGGAGGCGGUGCUGAGGGCCGUGACCCUGGAGCGGGACCAGGCUGUGGAGGCGCUGCAGGCACAGGGACUCCUCCCUGUGAAGGAGUUCCCAAGGCAGCACAGAGGGGAAAUCAGUUCGGCUUUUCCAUCCAGUGAAAUCCAGCGGCUGCAAGACCAGAACACGAGCUUGCGGAAUGCUGUCUCUCAGAUGAGGAGGGAAAUGGAGGCGCUGAGUGGGGAGACUCUUCCUUCUGCACAGUCGGGAGAGAACGCAUGCACACACCUGCCCGAGGCUGAGGCUGCGGGGGACACGGCCCCUCCUCGUUACGUUCUGGCCCUGGCAGCAGAAGUGCAGAACUUGAAGCACAAGCUCAGCGCCCUGGAAGGAGAGCUGGCCGGCUCGCCGGGGCCUCCAGAGACAUCCUCGGGGGACGCCAAGCUGCACCCCAGCGCCCUGGAAGGAGAGCUGGCCAGCCUGCUGGGGCCCCCCGAGCUGCACCCCAGUGCCCCCACCUUCACAGAGACUGGAGAAUCUGUCACAGAUGGUCACGCAUCCACUGGAUUGGCACUGGCACUCCGGAAGCUCAGAGACAGAGUGCAUCUCUUGAACUUGCUGGUGACACGUCUCAGAAAGAAGGUGCAGCGGAAGCCCCUGGAGCCGGACACCCUCCACCUCGAGCUUCCCCGGGAGGUGGACCAGGUGCAUGUGGAGGUGCUGGAGCUUCAGAAGCAGGUGGCUGAGCUGGAGAAGCAUCUUGGGACAGCCCAGCGGGAAGGAGAGCAGCCUCUAGGCAGGAAGCAGCUCAGGAGAGAGGGCCUUGCAGAUGAGAGGCCCGUGGGGACGAAGGACCAGCCGGGGGCACAGCCGCCACAGGCCUUAUCCGUGCCCCACCUGCAGAGGAAGCUGAAGGCAGCAGCUAAGAAGGUCCUGCGCCUCCGCCUGGAGAAGGAGCAGCUCACGGAGAUGGGGAACCGGCUCCGGGCACAGCAGGGACACCCCAAAGGGAGACUGCCCUGUCCUCCCCGGCCUCCCACCCCCCAGGCCCAGGACCAGGGCAAGGCGCGGGAGGCGCUUUGGGACCACAGCCCACCUCUGGGACAGGUGAAGACCCACGCCACCUUUCAGGACAUGGCCAAAUGACAGUCUGGAGCUACUGGGCCGGCUUCCACCCCCAAAGCACAGGGAGAUCCUUCAGUUUGUUGCAUGUGGGUAACUU